UGUACUAUCAAGGAAAAAGUCAGAUGUUCACAUACUGUAUCAACAUGUGAAACUAUUGUAAUCGAGAAAAGUUUUAAGGAAGCAACUAAUUUGAGGAUGGAGAAAUUUCAGGGGAAUGUGAAAGACAACUGGAUAUUUUUUAUUCAGAUUUUCUCGCAGAGCCUUAACGUUGAUAAGAUGAUGUUUCUUUUUUUCUGUGUUAUUUUCAUUUUUAUCACGGUCAUUUUAGAGAUUUAGUUCCAUGAUUUAUCAUACAUAAAGCUGGUCCAACUGAGGAUGGUUCAUUAUGUUUAUUGCGUUGGAAAAAGUCAGCUCGUUUUUGAAAGGGUGCUCAGCACAAGUAAUACAUGCACAUAAUUUCCACUUCCAACACCUGUUUGUUCUUUUAGCUGACCUGCUGCUUCUAAUUGUGUAAUUUUAUGAAUUCAUGUAUAUGAAAAAGAUUUGAUUUGGUUUUAUUUUUGUAACUUUUCCAGGUAGCCAUGGCUCCUAGACCAGAAGUGGAGACUGGUUCCUCCCACAGUCUAAACGAUGACAGCACUCCAACUAAAGAUUCGGCUAUUCUGCCGGCCUACUCCACCGUGGACCUGGUGAAUGAAGCUCCAGAUGACAAGAAUCCCUGGGAUCUCCCAGAGCUGAAAGACACAGGGAUCAAGUGGUCAGAGUUGGAUACAAAAGGAAAGAUUAUGAGAGUGCUGACUGGUAUUGUGAAGUUAAUUCUGCUGCUUGGACUUCUCUAUGUGUUUAUUUGCUCCCUGGAUAUUCUCAGCUCUGCUUUCCAGCUUGUCGGAGGAAAAGCUGCUGGUGACAUCUUCCAGGACAAUGUUGUGUUGUCUAACCCUGUGGCUGGGCUGGUGAUCGGGGUGUUAGUCACAGUGCUGGUGCAGAGUUCCAGCACCUCCUCCUCCAUUGUGGUCAGCAUGGUAUCCUCUGGAUUGCUGGAUGUCCAGUCUGCAGUGCCGAUCGUCAUGGGCGCAAACAUUGGAACAUCUGUCACCAACACUAUUGUGGCUAUGAUGCAGGCAGGAGAUAGAAAUGAGUUCCGCAGGGCAUUUGCUGGUGCCACUGUCCAUGACUUCUUUAACUGGCUGUCUGUGCUGAUUCUCCUGCCCUUGGAAGUAGCCACAGGCGUGCUGUACAAACUUACCCACAUUAUAAUUGAAUCCUUUAACAUUGAGGGUGGAGAGAACGCCCCCGACCUGCUCAACGUCAUCACAGACCCUGUAACAAACUCCAUCAUCCAGCUGGACAAAUCUGUUAUCACUGACAUUGCCACUGGUAACCUAGAAGCCAGAAACAAGAGUCUGAUCAAAAUAUGGUGCAAAACUGAAACCAACACGUCUUUCUGGAACAAGACGGUGGAGAACUGCACUGCUGGUGCCAUCUGUUGGGAAGAUGGAAACCAGACCUGGACCGAGAUGAACUCGACUUGGACAGACUACCAAGAGAAAUGCAAACACCUCUUCGUCAAUGCUGAUUUGCCAGACCUGGCAGUGGGCCUCAUUCUCCUGGCUCUGUCUCUGCUCUGCCUCUGCACCUGCCUCAUCCUCAUCGUCAAGCUGCUCAACUCCAUGCUGAAGGGGCAGGUGGCUGUGGUCAUCAAGAAAGUGCUCAACACAGACUUCCCAUUCCCCUUCGGCUGGGUUACUGGCUAUAUUGCAAUUUUUGUGGGAGCAGGAAUGACUUUCAUUGUUCAGAGCAGCUCCGUCUUCACCUCAGCUAUAACUCCUCUUGUUGGUAUUGGUGUCAUUAGCCUUGAGAGAGCCUAUCCUCUGACACUGGGGUCAAAUAUUGGUACAACCACCACUGCUAUACUUGCUGCUAUGGCUAGCCCUGGAGAAACACUAGCCAACUCCCUGCAGAUUGCACUUUGCCAUUUCUUCUUCAACAUCAUGGGUAUCUUACUGUGGUAUCCGAUCCCCAUCACGCGGCUGCCCAUCAGGUUGGCCCGAGGGCUGGGGAACAAAACGGCCAAAUACCGUUGGUUUGCUGGCCUUUACCUCUUCCUGUGCUUCUUGGUUUUCCCUCUCUCUGUUUUCAGCCUGUCACUGGCAGGGUGGCAGGCCCUGGUCGGCGUCGGUGUGCCCAUCAUCGUGCUGGUCGUGUUUGUGAUCAUUGUAAACGUGAUGCAGUCUCGCUGUCCCAACUACCUGCCCAGCUUCCUGCGCACGUGGGACUUUUUGCCCCGGCCCCUGCACUCCCUGGCGCCCUGGGACACCGUGAUAACCUCGACCUUUGGCUUCUGUGGCAAACACUGCUGCUGCUGCUGCAGGUGCUGCAAGUGCAGCAAGUGCUGCAAAAAGAAUGAGGACGAAAAAAUCCAGAUGGACAGCAAGAAGAGUCUGCAGAUGUAUGAUAACCCAGCCAUGUCAAGAGAUGAGGAUACAAGGGAGGUUGCCAACGCAACACCGCUUUAAUAUUAUUGAAUUCAAUGUCUUAUCUAUAAGCGAUACUCAAUGCAAUAAUGUAUUUGUAACACUUGUAAUUGUCCAUCACUUCUCAGGUUGUGGUAUGUUGAUGAUUGCCCUUCACUGGAUGAUAUACUAAGCACUGUAGUACAGACAGACAACAGAAAUAUUGGACACAUUAUUAUGAACCCAGGACCUGCAGUUUCUGGGAAUAUGGCGUUUGUUUUAUGUUUUCAAUUUGUUGUUCAGACUCACUCCUCUGUAAACCAGAGCUCUGCCUUAACUAUGGGUGGUUCCGAAUGUUAUGACUUAUUUUUAUAUUUUCAUGAUAUGUGUAAGAGGAUUUAGCUUUUAUUCUCAACUUUGAACCUUUAAACUCCAAAUGUUUAAUGUAGCAUUUAAAUGUUAUUAUCCUACAGUAUUUAUAAUAUUUGUGAAUAAAAAAUUUACCAUUUUUAAAGUGCAGUUGUAUUGCCUCUUUUUUUCAUCCAGCCCCAUCUCUUUUAUGCAGAUAACAGGCUUGGUAUGUAUGGCCUGAAGUCAAAGUUAUUUAUAGUUAUUGAUAUGUCAUUUUGAUCAGUUCAUGUGAUACUCAGCCCUCGCAGGAUAGAUCAGAAGAUUCACUUUUUCCCUGAAGAAAAUGGCUUCCUGUAGCAAAUAGAGUCUUGCUUUCAUAUCUGAUGUGCCUUUGAACAGUAACUUUGUGAGAGAGGGAUUACAGGCUGAAACACCAGGCAAAGUCUAACCACUGCAUAACUGGAGCAGUAUUUUCCAGGUACCUCUUGAUUCCAUUAUGUGAUGCAAUUUUUAGAGUAUUUUUACACAUGUGUGAAGAUGGGUUUUUUUCCAAACCAGAAUAAUUUGCUCAGAAUGAACACAUAAAGGCAUAUCUGUUCUUGUUUGCUGCUUUUGAAUGAAAGAACUGGUUCAUAGAUUUUGAAACUCUGUAUCUAAUUUGGAGUUGGGGUUGAUGGGACACCAUAGACUGUAUAAAAAUAAUGGACGUUGCCACCGUGAUAUCAUCCAUUGGUUUGUGGUCUUUUGAGCAUGGUUUUGAAGCCUCGAGUUUGGCAUUUUGACCGUCGCCAUCUUGGAUUUUUGGAGCCAGAAUUGA